UGAAAACGGUGGAUGACGUCACAGGAGACCCCCUGCUGAGUGGGUGUAAAGUUACAUGUGGACAGGAGGGAGGACACACCUCCAGAGGGAGUUGCCUUCCAAGCGGGGAUCUGCUGCAACUCCACUCGUUCUUGUCCACACUGCAGUCCACGGUGCAGUUCGUGGGCAACAUGUCCUCCCCGGUGGGCAAGUCUCUACGCGCGGCUGCCCUCUUGUCCUUCGUGGUGUUGUCCAUUCUGGUCUCACUGCUCAUCAGCAGCGUGCACCACCUUGGCGCCAACACGUCCGGCUGCGGUGAUGCCGAGUUGGCGUUGGACUACCAACUCAUGCAGAGACGCCGAGAGAUCCUCCCGUUGCUUUUCCCACCGGAGUACGAGGAAACGCGCGGAGCCGGCUGGGACUCGAACCUGUGGCGGGAGAUCACGCGCGGUUCUGCGGGUCCGCUGGGCUGCGGAGCUCUGCAGGACAUGCAGGCUCUGGAGGUCCUGGGUUCUGGUUACACGAAGCUGGUGGUGAAGGUGGCGUUGGCAGGAGGAGAGCCUGUGGCCCUCAAGAUGGUUAAUGAGCAAGGCAUCGACAUGGACAAGUGUGUGCAGGACUUUAAAGACCCUGAUGGAUGCCGGCAGCUGGUCUCCUACAAGCUCAGCAAGGAAGUUGUGCUCCUGCACAGACUGCAGCAUCCAAACAUUAUCAAGUUCAAAGGUCACUGUGUUGGGGACGUGGCAGGGAGGGUGACGGUCAUUCUGGAACAAGGGAGCCCCCUCCAGAUGAUCCAGCUGCUGCAGAGCCCCUGGGAGGACCGCUUCAGGGUGUGUCUGGACCUGGUCCGCCUCCUGCACUUCCUGGCACGGUCUCCUCUGGGCUCCGUGGCUCUGCUGGACUUUCAGCCUCGCCAGUUCGUGAUGGUGUCGGGCGAACUUAAGCUCACCGAUCUGGAUGACGCCAGCAUGGCGGAAACAUCCUGCCGGACGGACGCCGACUGCUUCCUUCGGUUUCCGCACCGAAAUUUCACCCUGAGCUGCUCGCCCGGCGGACUGUGUGAGGGCUUGAACGAGAAGAUGAACAUUUACAACGCCUACAGGUAUUUCUUCACCUACCUGCUGCCUCACCAAGCCCCGCCCGGCCUCGCACACCUGGUGGGCCGCAUCAUGAAUGCCACAGGCGAGCUGAACGCCGGCAUCAAUGAGACGCUGGAGGCUUUUGAACUCAUCCUGCACCUCUACCAGUCUGGCCUGCACCUGGACAACGUGCCUCCAUCUUUACUCGCAAACUACAGCGCCAUGCGAGGCGUGACAACGUCGGGCAACGCAGAGUACCGCUGCUGGCCGUCCUACAGCCAACUGGGCUGCGUGCUGUCUGUCCACAGUGCACGAGAGGCAGCGCACGUCUGCAACUCGCACUCGCAGUGCACCAGUUUCACUCUGACUGGACAGAAGACAUGGACAGGUCGAUUCCUGGCCUCUUUCAGGAGCAGCUUCAGCCAGUUGGUACCUGCUGACCAAACAUCUGAGGUGUACGUGAAGAAGAGCAAAGCCCUUAAAACUCCGGCCUUGUAAACACAAGGCUGCCCUCCAACGUCGGUGUUGGGACUUAUAAUAUUAGUGAAGCAAAGCGACGUGUCGCUCUCAAAAGUGGGCCCCGCGGGCGUUCCAGUCCGCCCUGUGUCGAGCGGCGCCAGGCUUAGCGGGGGGAAAGCGGAGGCUGGUUUGAGCAGCGAGGCGAGUGAAUGUGAUGUAUUUAUAGGGCUUCUGCUCGCUCUUUGAUGUCCCUGCCAGCACUCUGCCUCUCUGCCAACUGCUAUUUCAAGGGAUUUCCCUUCAGGUACAAUUAAGGAGGGAGAGCCUUGUGCUUUUUAUUUGAUUUUUUAAACUGUUCCUACCCUGACUUUAUGUGCUGCUUGUUGUCGUGAUGCCAGCUCCCCUCGUGGUAGGAUUUUUUUCAGGGCAAAGGGGGUAAUAAGAAGAGCUGUAGCAGCUCAGCUUUUGAAGCCUCGGGACAAGGAAAGAAAACAAGCUCUUAUACAACAAGUACAUGCUCACGUCCAUGUUCUGCGGCUACAAAAUGUUUGAAUGAAAGUGGGUGAAGUACACACGUGCACGGAUAUUCACAAAAAAAAAACACAUUAGUCGACACCCAAGCACAUUUCGGCAAAUCAGAAACCAGCUGACUUAGGGCCUGAUUUAUUUAGUAAGAUCCAAAUAACACACGCUAAUCAGUGUGUGCAAAAAAUUAAAUAUCAAUCAAUCAAUCAAUGUUUACUUAUAUAGCCCUAAAUCUCCAUUGUCUCAAAGGGCUGCACAAACCACAACACAAACCACAACACAAACCACAACGACAUCCUCGGUAGAGCCCACAUAAGUGCGAGGAAAAUUCACACCCAGUGGAACGUCGGUGACAAUGAUGACUAUGAGAAACCUUGGCGGGGACCACAUAAUGUUGUUAAACACGUCAGAUAACGGCACACGUUUCUAAAGCCAAAAAGCUAAAAAAAAUAUAUGCAAUUUUGUAAAUAUUUAUUGCUACACUACGAAUGAAGACUUUGAUAAGUGAUGCAACUUGGCAAUGCAAUGUUGGUAGACUUUGAAGAGUACUUUGGACACAUUCCGACUGUGUUUUGACUCACAUUUUUUAAAGAUGAGCAUUUUUUGUGGUUUUGAGUUCCAACUCACAUUUAGAGAUCUCUUUUUUCAUGAAAUGAGUUGUUUCAAAAGGGGGAACUAUGAUGAAAAGCAUUCCAGUUUUUUGUGCAUACUUGUGUAAACUACAUCAUUAACUGAUGUCAUUGUUUUUACAUUUUUUUUAAAUGCACCUUGUGGGUGAAAUCAUUAUUUUUCAAUGAAAAAUGUCUUCUUUUUUGUUUUUUACACUAUGCAUAUUUUAACUGCAGUCUUAUUAUAUAAAUAUAUCGUUUUGACAUCA